GUGCCAGCUGCGCCGUAAAUUGGCACUAGAGGCGCUAUAACGCUACACCGCCUGCCUAAUAUCUCAUAUUCUCCACCUAAAAACUAGUUCUGCCGUCCUGAAAAUUUCCUAGGCCCCUCUAACCAGAACGUAAUUCCAUGCGACAUCAUUAAUGAGGAUAAAAGUUCUCGAUUAAAGAAGUAAUCAAGAUGUUGAGACAAAUAAAACCACGAAACGCUCGCUCCAAACGAGCUCUCGAGAAGAAAGCUCCAAAGGUCGUCGAGAACCCGAAGACAGCUCUUUUCCUCCGUGGAACAAGCUGUUCGCAAGUUAUACAAGAUGCCUUAACCGAUCUCUACUCUCUACGACAACCGCUCGCUAAGAAGUUCACAAAGAAGAACGCUAUUCACCCGUUCGAAGAUCCCGCUUCUCUCGAAUUUUUCAGCGAGAAGAAUGACACUUCGUUACUCGUAUUCGGAAGCAGCUCCAAGAAGCGCCCUCACACGUUGACAUUAGCGCGCACAUUCUCCGGCAAGAUACUCGACAUGCUCGAGCUACAUCUAGACCCAGAGAGCUACCGACGAAUCUCGCAAUUCAAGGGCCGCAAGUUUGCUGUUGGGCUGCGACCAAUGAUGUUAUUCUCGGGUACCGCAUUUGAGAGCCCCGUUGCCAACGAGUAUACAAUAGUCAAGAGCAUGUUGAUCGACCUAUUCAAGGGCGACACGUCGAGUGAUAAGAUUGAUGUUGAGGGUCUACAAUACAUCGUUUCUGUUACCGCCGAAGAACCUGUGGGUGACGGUGAUGCUGUGAAGCCUGCUAUUCACUUGCGCAUCUACCUCAUAUCGACUAAGCGUAGCGGCCAACGGCUCCCCCGUGUUGAAGUUGAGGAGAUGGGCCCUCGCAUGGACUUCCGCGUCGGUAGAAUGCAAGAACCCGACGAGGCAGUAUUAAGGGAGGCCAUGAAGACACCCAGGGUUGGCGAGGAAAAGAUCAAGAAGAACGUUACGACCGAUACGAUAGGUGACAAGAUCGGUCGCAUUCACCUUGGUAGACAAGACUUGAGCGAACUCCAGACGAGGAAGAUGAAGGGUCUUAAGCGAAGUCGGGAUUUGGAGGAUGAGCAAAUGGUAGAUGCGUCUGUUGACGAGGAUACAUUGAAACGUCAGAAGAAAUGAUUGCCUAUCAGUUAGUAGCAGGUGCGCAUGGGUUGGCGUAUUGGUUGAUUUAUGGGUUUUGCUAUUGGUACAUGACUUAUGGAGUCGGGAGUUUUCGCCCGUGAUAACCACCUAGGUACACCAACAACGUUCAUCCUUUGGACCGCAACUCUGUUCAUCACACUUCUUGCCUACUUUUGUUCCGAUUUGUACUGUAAAUACGACUUCCCUACAACUU